AUGGCGUCAACUAGAAUUCCUGAAAUAGAAAACAAUAGAAAAGAAUGUGAAACCGAACGGUUACCUGCAGUAAAGCAACAGGAAAAACCUAAGGAAAACGAAAAAAUACAUGAUAAGUUAAAAAUAACGACUUUAGACAUGAAUUGCUAUAAAGUCAGACGAUCCUACCUCCAUUAUAGUAACUUCGGAUAUAAAGAAGAACUUUCUAGAAGGAUCCAUAUAAAGAAGGAAUAUGGUUUUUAUAACUACUGUUUUAUAAGUGUUUGCCUCAGUUUUAUACUAGGAUUAGUAAUAGGUGUUGCAAUCGUUGGAUCUCCACAAACAAGGAUGAUUUCUUCUAAUUUUAACCCUAGAAAAUUAGUAAGAAUCAAUUCAACUAGAAAUCUGAAUUCUAGAAGUUUAAAUUCUAUUAAGCUUUCUGAUAAAUUAGAUAAUGAUUUAGAAAAAGAUAUAGAUAGGUUUGCCACUGUAUCUUUCACUGGCGCUGUUGAUCAUAAAUACAAAAUGGACGUAUAUCCCAAAGGACUUACAGAAGACAUGAAAGAAAUAUUAAAAGAUAACAAAGUAACGCAUCAUAAACAUUUCAUAUCUAAUAUAACAUCAAAAUAUGUUCCAAACGACAAUACAGUUUUAUACGAAAAUAUUUUCUGGGGUCCAGAAGUAGAAAAUUCAAUGCCACAAGGUUACGGAGAGAAUUCAGCUGAAAUUUGGGAAAGUUAUGUUGAACAAAGUGAAGUAGUUAAAAUGGAACCAGGCUGCGGAAGAAUGCAGAACCGUCUUAUAACAUUUCAAGAUGGGAUUCAAGCAUGUGUUCGCUAUAGACAGAACACUGACCAAAUUCAAGGUGAAAUUUUUAGUUUUUACGUAGCCAGGUUAUUAAAUUUGACUAAUUUAGCACCAUCUGUGGUAAAAGUUGUGGAUUUAAAGGAUAAAUUAUGGCAAAGUGUUGCAAGUGAUAUAGCAACUGCACAAUGGAAUACAAAUCGAGCUGUAGUAUUAACUCAGUACAUACCCAGCUUAGAAUCUGCAACUAUACCAGAAAUAUUUAAGCCAUCAACCAGGCAUUUAAACAAACAGGACGUUUUUAAAAUUGCCUUAAAAGAAAACGCAACCAGUGACACGAGUAAGCAAAUAUUGAUAGACAAAAUUAGAAUGAAAAAUAUCAAAACGAAGAAAGACGUUGUAGAAGACUUCGAUCAUAUAGACGCUAAGCUAAAUAAGAAAACAAAUGAUUUGUUUGUAGAAUUGGCUCAAUGGUCCGAUCUCAUUAUUUUUGAUUAUUUAACAGCAAAUUUAGAUAGGAUUGUUAAUAAUUUGUUUAACUAUCAAUGGAACGUAAAUAUUAUGGAUGGACCAGCUCAUAAUUUAGCGAGAAAAAUGGACAGUGGCUUAUUAUUAUUUCUGGAUAAUGAAUCCGGUUUGCUCCACGGCUAUAGACUUUUGAAAAAAUAUAACGUCUACCACAGCUUGAUGUUGGACAAUUUGUGCGUUUUUAGAAAAAAAACUGUAGAUGCUUUGAAAAUGUUACACGAAAGUUCUGUUGGUACAAAAUUAAGUGAUAUAUUCCAUAAGAAAAAUAAUGCAGUAAUUAGAGACAUUUUACCUCCUUUGCCUGAGAAGAACGCAAAAGUGUUGCACGAAAGGAUUGGUAAAGUAUUAAGUCAAAUAGAAAAAUGUGAACAGAGCUUUUCAAUUAGA